AUGGCACAAGCCGUCGACGGAAAUAAUCAAGUCUAUAAGCUUGCUGCACUACCGUUCAUCCUGGAACGCAAAGCGGAUUAUGACGAAGCCAUCCGAGUCUACAAGUCUGCGAUCGAAAUUCUAGAUGAACUGGUUCAGAAAUUCAAGAAGGGAAGCAAUGUCCGCAAAGUCAACAGAAAGAUGUUUGAGCGUCAGGUUCAAGUUCAUCGGGAACGCUUAAGUUAUCUGGAAGGCCUCAGGCGCAAGGGUAAUUUUGACAAUAUCGUCCUGCCCCCAACAAUUCUAGAUGCGAUGGAAGAAGUGGAGAAUGAGAACGGGAAGACUUGGAAUUUGACCCAGAUCCGGAAAGCCCUCCAUGAUUUCCGAGGGGAUAUCCCGAGUGAUGCUGCGCCAGACCUGAGUGCAGCUCCAGUUCAUAUUCACUCAUUCCUUGGCGAUGGUUCCAGCAUCCCAUUCUUCUCGCCAACUUUGUCUCCGUCACUGCCUCACAUCACUUAUCGGAUAACACACUCCUCGGAACUAAUCGAAUUGGGCAUUCGCUCAUAUUGGUUCUUUGUGAAAGACGUCACCAACACGCAUGUUCUAUACGCUCUCCAGUGUAUCUGCAACAACGAGGCUCCGAUUGUCGAAACUGUGCUUCGACGCGCAGGCGAGUUCCUUCCCCAAAUCGGAGCGACGAGUGUGAAAAUCCAGAAGAUGAAAGGAGGCAGCUUCCGCCUCAUCACCCGCACGAUUCCAGACAUGGGAGCAAUCACCGAGAUUCCAGAUGGAGAGAUGCAGCGAAAGGAUUGGUCACCACGUCGAUUUGAGUAUGGCGGGCGCAACUUUGUUUGGAAGAGCGCCGCCGCAGAAGGCAAGAAGGAGGGUGGCUUGUUUGGAGGUUUCGGCUUCGCUUGGGAGACGUUAUACGAGACCAAGCGAGUUUGGACCAAAGAGGGAAGCCGCACUGGAAAGAAUGAGGAUGAAACUGUUGGUCCUCGAUUGUGCUGGGGCGAGAAGAAAGGAGGAAAUGGUGCCGACCAUAGCAUUCACAUGGCUGGUGGCUUAGAUCUAUAUUUCCGCGAACAUUUGUUGGCGGUGCAAUUGUCGCGAAUGGCGCGUGUGAUGUACUCUUCGCAUAAGGACACCGCCGGAAUUGAAGCGGCAGCUGUUGGUGUGGGUUGGUUGUCGAUUGUGACCUCUUUGGCAUGA